UAACUCCUUCUCUUUAACUCUAAACAGCUGCCCUCCUACGCACAAGGCAGGGAAUUCUUUCGAUCUUGUUUUUUGCCGCCCUUCCCCAGUCACAGAUAUCACUACUAUUCCUCUUCAUAAAUCUGAUCAUUACCUGGUAUCCUUCACCAUAACCCUUCCUAUUCUAUGUAAACCUAACCACCAAAAUGUCUCUUUUACCCGCAGAAACCUUCACUCUGUCUCCCCUUCCUCUGUGUCUUCAUACACCCUAUCAUCCCUCCCAGACCCAGACUCCUUCUCCUCUCUACCACUAGAGACUGCGACUGAAACUUUCCUCUCUCUCCUCAUCCAUAGAUCUCCUUUGCCCGCUGUCAUCUAAACCAAGGAAGACGUCUUGUCCUGCUCCUUGGCUAUCUGACGUACUGCGCAACAACAGGAGAGAAUUAAGAACUGCGGAGAGAAGAUGGAAGAAAUCGCAACUUGAUGCAGAUCUCAUCUCUGACCAGACUCUACUCUCCAAAUUCUUAUGUGACGUGACUUCUGCCAAAACUACCUUCUUUAGACAAAAAUUGGAAGCCUCUGCACAUGAUCCUGGCAAACUCCACAACAUCUUCUCCUCAACAUCUGACUACUCAACCCACCGACUCCUCCUGCCCCUUCCUCUCUGACUGCUGACGAUUUUGCCACAUUCUACGAUGGGAAGAUUACAGCAAUCCGCCAGUCCUUCGCUCUCAACCAAACUCCUACGGCAGAACCUCAGGACCUUCCCUUCCUUAGCAGAAUUCUCCAACCUGUCAUCUGAUGAGAUUCAACAGAUCAUCUCGUCAUCUAACCCCACCACCUGUUAAUUAGACCCAAUCCCUUCCACAAUGCUCCAGGCCAUCUCACGAGACCUCCUUUCCUUUCACCACAGCCAUCAUCAACCAUUCCAUAUCAUCUGGUCAUGUUCCUGCUGCUUUUAAGAAGGCAAUGGUUAUUCCCAUCCUCAAGAAACCCUGCCUGGACCCAUCAGAAAUUAACAUCUUUAGCCCGGUAUCUCUUCUCUCUUUUAUUUCCAAAAUUCUUAAAAGAACUGUUUAUAACCAAAUGUCUCUUUAUCUCUCACAGAACAACCUUAAUGAUCGCAACCAAUCUGGAUUCAAAGUGGCACAUUCCACAGAGACUGCCCUUCUGUCAGUCUCUGAGAAGCUCCAUGCUGCUAGAUCUGCUAAACUGUCAUCUGUCCUCAUACUCCUGGACCUGUCAUCUGCAUUUGACAUGGUGAACCACAAGAUUCUAUUAUCUAUUCUUACAAGCCUUGGAAUUUGUGGAACAGCGUGGCAAUGGUUUACGUGGCUCUUGGUUUCCACCCGGAUCUCAGCAUGUCUGGCAGACAUCUCAUUCUGGAUGGCUGCUCAUCAGCUGAAGCUCAAUCUCAGUAAAACCGAACUGUUGUUUAUCCCUUGUGACUCAUCCCCAGGUCAAGACUUUGUGAUAUCCCUGGACAACAACCAAAUCACUCUUUCAGCCAUCGCCCGCAAUCUUGGGGCUACUCAGGUGCUUGUUCAGUCCCUUGUUAUUUCAAGACUGGACUACUGCAACUCACUCCUGGCAGGCCUGCCUUUGUCCACGAUUCGUCCUUUGCAACUGAUCCAGAAUGCAGCAGCACGUCUCGUUUUUUUACAUUCCCAAGUUCUCCCACACCACCCCACUCCUCCGCUCCCUGCACUGGCUUCCUGUAGCUGCCCGCAUCAAAUUCAAAACACUGAUGCUUGCCUACAAAGCUAA